AUGACAUUUUUGAAUCUGUCAUUCAACAGAAUUAGGGGCAAGUUUUCUGGUAAAUAUGUUCAUAUGCAAGAGAUUGGUUUGAGUUCAAAUUAUUUUGAGGGACCAUUACCACCAAUUACAACGAAAUGUUCAAAUAUAAAUCUGUCCAAGAACAAGUUCUCAGGAUCACUCCAUUCCUUAUCUGUUGUUGAAGACUUAUCUUUAAGCUUUCUUGAUAUUUCUCAUAAUCAGUUAUCUGGGGCACUUUCCAAUAAUUGGAUGCAUUUCAGUGGUUUGGCGUUUCUCAACUUGGGAUAUAACAAUUUUUCUGGUAAAAUUCCAACAUCGAUGGGGAAUCUGUAUAAUCUCCAAACACUGAUUUUGCGAAACAAUAAUCUCUAUGGAGAGCUGCCUUCAUCUCUAAAACACUGCCAGGGCCUAGGUUUUGUAGAUUUUGGGUUAAAUAAGCUAUCAGGAAAGGUACCGUCAUGGAUUGGGGAAUCCCUACCACAACUGUAUGGUCUAAUCCUAAAAUCUAAUAGAUUUUAUGGAAUCUUGCCUCGUGAAAUAUGUCGUCUAUCAAAUCUUCACUUUCUAGAUGUGUCUAUUAACAGAAUUUCUGGAACCAUUCCUUCAUGCUUCAGUAAUCUUACUGCCAUGGUUUUAAAAGGAAAUGAAGUUGUAGAGCAAACUUAUCUUCCAUAUUAUCCCUUCGAAAAUUCAUCAGCGUUUGUGGGUUCACAAGAAGUAGAAAAGGCUCCAGAAGAACCUCAAAACUAUAGUUAUUUUGAUUCUGUAUUGGCAAGAUGGAAAGGGCAGGAGUUUGAGUACGGAAGAAAUUUUGCUUACUUGAAGAUGAUUGAUUUGUCAACCAAUAAAUUGUCUGGAGAAAUUCCAAUCGGGAUAACUAAACUUGUAGAACUCAGGGGACUGAACUUGUCGGGAAACUAUUUUUAUGGAAAGGUUCCACCUGAGAUUGGCCGAUUGAAUGUGCUAGAAUGCCUAGACUUGUCCAGAAACAAUUUCUCAGGUGCAAUUCCCCCAAGCAUGUCUGGAUUAAAUUUUCUUGCCUAUUUAGAUCUUUCAAAAAAUAACUUUUCGGGAAGAAUCCCAUCUGGUACUCAACUCCAGGGAUUCAAUAUCUCCGCAUAUGAGCAGAAUGCUGAACUCUGUGGUAAACCACUCACGAAUAUUUGUCCUGGAGAUGAACCAGUUGAUUACAUCCAGCCUUCAUCUGGCAAGUAUGAAGUUAAUGAAGAAGAUGGUGAAUAUGAAAUGUGGCUGUAUAUUAGUGCAGUGCUUGGUUUCGUCUCUGCAUUUUGGGGCUUCAUUGGAACUUUAUUGCUAAAUCGUCGUUGGGGACGUGCAUAUUUCUUCUUUUUGGACAACUUUUUUCAUAAACUAAAAUUCUAA